AUGCCCAAAAUCAUCUGCGGCCUCAUGGGCACCUCCGUAGCCUCUGGUUCAUCCUCCCUGUCCGGCUCCAAUAACCUGAGACCCUUCCUUCAAAUGCUCACUUCACACGGCGUCAAGGAACUGGACACAGCCCGGGUCUACAACUCCGGCAAAAGCGAAGAAGAUCUAGGAACCAUCCCUACAGCUCAAGAAAACUUCUUAAUAGCGACAAAAGCCCCCGGAUUCUCACUGGGUUCGCUGAGUUACGACAAGAUCAUCGAGAACUGCUCCAAGUCCCUGGCGGCGUUGAAGCAGGAUCGCAUAGGGUUGUAUUAUUUUCAUGGACCGGAUCGGGAGACGAAGGUGGAGGAGUCGUGUCGAGCGAUUAACGAUUUGUUCAAGGAGGGGAAGAUUGAGCGGUUUGGGGUUUCGAAUUGUAGUCGGGAGGAGGUUGAGGAGAUUCAUGGUGUUUGCAAAACGAAUGGAUGGCUUGUUCCGACCGUGUAUCAGGGAGGGUAUAAUCCUUUGCUUAGGACGACCGAGACGGCGCUAUUUCCUACGCUGAGGAGGUUGGGGAUGGUGUUCUAUGCGUACAGUCCGUUGGGUGGAGGGUACUUCUCGAGGCCCACCGAGCAACUGCGCACUCCUCCAGCCGGCGGUCGCAUGGAUCAGAUGAAAGUCUUCAGCAGCAUCUAUGUCAACAACCUGUCGUUGAAACUGCACGAGAUGUUGGAAGAAGCGUGCAAGAAGGAGGAUCUGUCCUUGAAGACCGCGACUUUGCGAUACUUGACGCAUCAUUCUGCACUAGGUAAAGAUGAUGGGAUCAUUCUUGGUGCGAGCAGCCUUGAGCAAAUGGAGCAGAACCUCGAAGCUUGCGAGGGAGACCCGUUGCCUGACGUGGUGGUUUCUGCGUUCGAGACUCUGUGGGCAGAGUAUCGGAAAGCGUACAACCCAGCGUAUUGUGUAUAG